AUGAAACUCAAACUACCCACCCUCGCGAUAUCCCUCUUUACAUUUCUCCUCAUAGUAAUCGGCAUCGCAUGGAUGUACGGGCGGGGCCCACACAUCAUGACGGAAACCGAAGCCGAAGAAUGCGUGGACUGCGUGCACUACGCGCGGCGGAUCGAAGGAAUGGUCCAAAGACUAGACCACGUCCGCGGGAACCCGCAGUUCUUCCGGUACGCGCUGGAUAAGUCGUGUCGCGGGCAUCUGCUGUCGACGGGGCACUGUCGGAACUAUCGGCGCGAGUUCCGCAAGGAUGUGGACCGGUUCAUGGAGGAGAUUCACUCGGAUCCGUAUGAGGCGUGUGUUUCUAUCAAGUAUUGUAUGUGA